CCACUUCCCGCUCGGGGCGGGCGUUCUGGGUCCCCGCCCACCGUUAGUCACGUGAGCCGCUAAAAUGGCGGCGCUUGGGCGUGAGGCUGGGGCUGACCUGAAGGAUGCAGGUGUGUUGCCGGUCAGAACUGGGGAGGCGUCCAAGGACAUCCGAAUGGCAACAUACACACAUGGUCAGCCCAGUGUUUCUCUAGGAGAUGAAAAAUUCAGAAGACCCAUGGUCAUCGAAAUCAUAGAAAAAAAAAUGGAGUAUCUUAGAAAAGAAAAGACUUUAAAUGUGUAUGGCACAGUGUUCUUUGGAACAGCAGCUAGUUUCUCUGGAAUGUUGGCGAACUUCAUUUUCAGACACUGCUUCAAGGUUAAACAUGAUGCUUUGAAGACAUAUGCAUCAGUGACUACACUUCCGUUUUUGUCUACUGUAGUUGCUUAUAAGUUCCUUGUAACAGAUGCUUUGUAUUUGGGCAAUAUAAGCCAGGAAAAUUGUGUUCUGAGGAGUUCACUGGUUGGCAUAGUAUGUGGUGUUUUAUAUCCCACUGGUUUGGCUUUUUCUAAAAAUGGACGCCUGGCAGUCAAGUAUCAUACUGUUCCAUUGCCACCAAAAGGAAGGGUUUUACUUUACUGGUUGCUGCUUUGUCAAACAGAGGUAAAAGCAAUGAUGAUUCCUCUGGUCUUUCAGACAGUCUUUGGAAUACUUAAUGGUCUACGGCAUUAUGCAAUAUUUGAAAGUACACUUGAGAAAACUGUACGUGAUGAUUAAUCAAAGAGUGAAUGAAUACUAAAUCAGCAGAAUGGGAUUUUUUUUAUGAUGAGGAAUCCGGCAUUGCUGAAGGAGUUAAAACUAACUCCAGACAGUUUGUUUCUGUUCCUCCUGCUUAGUCUAUAGCAGGUACUCAAUAAAUAUUCUGUAAUUGACUA